AUGGCAUUCCGUCAUUUUUAUUUUAAAACAUCUCGAACAUUCAAUAAGAAAACUUUAUUAAAUCAUCAUAUAAAACCAUCUUUACUUUUAACAAAUUUAAUUGUUCAAAAAAGAACUGGAACCGCUAAACCAAAAAUAAAAAAAUCGUCUACCAAUGUUCAAAAAAAUAAAGGUUUUCAAAAGAAAAACUUAAAGAAAACUGCCAGUGAGGAUGCUGAAGCGACUUUAUCUACAAGUUUUGUAAAGAAUAAAGAACUUUACAAACCUUCUCCUGUUGUAGCUUUGGAAGAAAUGUUACCGGAAGUUUAUACUGAAGAAAAUAUUGGUAAAAUUUAUCGAUUUCCUCCGGAAAUCUUACAAAAAAUAGAGAUUUUUAAACUUCCUCCUAUUUUAGAGAAAGAAUUCUUUCCAUUGCCUUAUCCUUCCUUAGCAAUCCGUCAAUCAUCAAUUCAAUUAAUUAAGCUAAUCGAAAAUGCUUCACAAAAGUCUAGUGUAGAAAGCAGGAUUAUCUUAUGCAAAAGUGCGUUGUUACUUCAAGCAAUUAAUUAUUCAUUGUGCAAAUCUUGGAUCGUGAUAUAUGUUCCAUUCGCUAUCAAAUUCGUAAACAGUUCUUAUCCAUAUAUUAAAAAUAAAAUAACAAAUGAAUUUGUUCAACCUACUUUAUCAUCCGAAUUAUUAAAACAAAUAAAAGUCGUUAAUGCCAAUUAUUUACAAAAUAUAACGUUGACAAGAGAUUACAAAAUAAAUAAAUAUACUAUAAAAAAUAAUUCACCAGUAAUAGAACUUAUGGACAUUGGAAUCAAAGAUAACAGUUGUGCUCCACAAGUAUUUGAAAUUUUCUUGGAAGAAAUUGGAAAGAAUGUAAA